ACAACGAUGAAAACGUUACGUAGCGUCUCAUCCUUCUCACCAUCGCCGACAAUUUAGAGACGGUCAAUAUCAGUGUACAAUCUUUUUUUGUUUUCUAUGCGAAUCCCCCCGUGACUCUUGUUGCUGAUUCAUCCCCAUUUCUUAUUCAAUCUUCAUUCAAUAGCACAAUCUCCCUAUGAUUUAAGGCCUAAAGGCAGGCAAAAUCUUUUUAUUCAGCCAUGGAGCGCAUAGAAUGUUGUACCAAUCCCAAUGGUCUGAACAAGCAGAGGACCAAUAUGGGCAAGGUGAGGCCUUACAGAGGAGUAAGAAUGAGAAAAUGGGGUAAAUGGGUUUCAGAAGUCAGGGAACCCAAUAAGCGCUCUAGGAUAUGGCUAGGGUCAUAUGCUACUCCAGAGGCUGCUGCAAGGGCUUAUGAUACUGCUGUUCUUUAUCUCAGAGGGCCUUCUGCUUCCUUGAAUUUCCCUGAGGAGGUGCUUAAACAGGAGUUUAGGGACCUCAAGGCAUGUGACCUCUCACCUACUAGUAUUCAGAAAAGAGCCCAAGAGGCUGGUGCUGCUAUGGACCAUGCCAUACAGUUGCAGAGGGGUUUGCCUUGUAAGCCCAAGAAAAUCAUUCAUGGUGGUGCUGCUGAUUGUAAGGUGAGUAAGGUUGAGGUUAGGAAAGACAGGGAAAUUGAGGAGGAAGAAGAGGAGGAGAAUGAAGAAGAAUCUAAUCAUAAUAAUAACCACCAUCCUGUGGUUUAUCAUGACUGGUUUGCUCAUGAGGCAGAGGGGCCAUUGUCAUCCUCACCUUCAUCUACAUCUACUACAACAAGUGUUAGUUCAGUAGGAUCAAACAGUGGGAUGAAUUCAAGGCAGUUGUUGGCUUUUGGACCCAGUAACAGUUUUCCAGACCAAACACUGGGACUCAACAGUUUGUACAGGCCAGAAAAAAGGGUCUGAGUAUUUUCACAAGGAAAUACAAUAAUUUUUUUUUUUUU